GUCCUACAUUGCUUGGAGUCAGCUGUGACAAUUGUAGAAGAUGUCCCUGGCACGGCCCAAACGUAAGGCGACAAAUAGAGCGUAUAAUGAAACUCUUGACGAAUCCAUAUUUGAAGAGCGCCCAAAUCCUACGCCUGCUAGCAAGACGAAUGGAACUACUGCAAGAAAGAGAAGUGCCAAGAAAGAUGAUGCAUCCACAAGUCUGAGUACCCCUGAAUCUAGCACCACCACUAAUGGGAAGACAGUGACGAAUAUGGCCGCCAAUGCCUUACCAUAUAAUUGGCAACCUUGCUCUGAUCUUGUAGACCAUUUUUCGCACCGGUUAAACUUGGAAGGGUCAUUUGUUGAUGAGGAAACACAAACUUUAUAUUGUCCCAACCAAUCGCCUAUACCCAUGUCAUAUGAAAGUCCGGCUAAACGACGAAAGGGCAAGACUUUUUUCAAGCUCCAAAAACAUGAUUUUAUAUAUAUGGUGAGUGAGCCACCCGGUGAACCAUACUACAUUGGGUCUAUCAUGGGGUUUGAGAAAAGGUCAACGACAAAUGGUGGUGGUAGUGUAAAAGCAAAGACCAAGGAGUCUGCCCCUGUGGCGAACCCAGCUAGUAGCGAUGCCUCAAAUUAUGUGUUCAAGAUACAAUGGUUUUAUCGUCCCCGAGACAUUUCAAAGUCAACUUCAGAUUCAAGACUUUUGUAUGCUUCUAUGCAUACUGACACAUGUCCGCUUCAAAGUUUUAGAGGUUUGGUUACUGUUAGACAUAAGCAAGAUAUUGAAAAUGAAUACGAGACCAAGACAGUGUCUACAAAGUCUUCCAAUGGUUCAUCGAAGUCCUCUUCACCAUCUCCAAUAACUCCACUUGAAGAAUAUAGUCAACAGCCCAAUUGCUUUUAUUUCAAUCAAUUGUUUGAUCGAUAUAUGGUGAAGUUCUACGACAUAAUACUGACCCAGAGUUUAUUAUUCAAUUCUGACAAUGCUGAAGGUAAAAAUCGGAAUUUUUUACAAGCAUUAAAUAAAAGAUUUGAAUAUGUUUUUGUCGAGACAACCAUGACCAAAUCUUUCGUAAAUAGUUUUCUUUCCACAUCAUGCAACUGUGAAAAAUGUGGACAAUGGUGUUCUAAUCAAGAUUCAGUGAAUUGUGUGGGAUGUGAAAAGACUUAUCAUAUGUAUUGUCUCGAUCCUCCACUUUUUAAGAAGCCAAGUAGAGGUUUCUCAUGGUCAUGUGCUCCAUGUACGAAGCAACAUGAUCUAGAACAUCAGAAGAAUAAAAUGCUUAUGCUUUCACAUGAUAACAAACUGUCUAACGAACGUGAAUUAACGGGUGAACUUAGCUCUCAAGAAUCAUCUCUAGAAGAUGAAGAUGAAGGACAGGACAAGCAUGGAUACGAUAGGGAUAGCGGAGUAGAAGAGAUUGAAAAAUCUGAAUCAAUUGCAUCGAAUGGUAGCCUGAAGUUACCUAAAUUUGAAGCGAUGGCUAUAGAAUUUUUGAAGAAAGAUUCCAAAUUGACUUUGGAACAAAGAAGAAUUAAAGAGGAAUGGAACAUGAGAUACUUAGGCAUGUAUGCGAGACUCGAAGAUGGUGUAGAUGUAGACGAUAGAUCUCCAUAUCCUAGAGCACAGACGAGACUUGGGGCAAAACACCAAGCUAUGCAUAUUCCCGAGUACAUUGACCAUCCAAUUGUUUAUUAUGAUCCCGAAGUCAAUGAAAAUUCUUCAAAUAAUAAGAAGAAAUCCAAAAAGAACUCCAAAACUAAAAAAGAUACAGCGGAAGACAAUUUGGUUAAACUUCCUGUUCCAAAAGAAUACCAAGAUGUACCAGAAAGUGAGUACCCUCAAUGGUUACAACCCAGACCGGCAGGAUAUAUCGAGAGAGGUGUUGAUGACGGAGAAGGUACUACUGCGACAUUACUUUUCAAACCAUCUGAACUGGAUAGAGAAAACGAUUUCAUUAAAUUAGAUGCGUAUGUUCUGGCUUGUUCUCCUCUUGCAAAGAAAAUGGGAUUGUUACCAACAACUCCAAAUUUUAUGGAUGCUAUCUUGUACUUUUAUAUGAAACACAACGGUCAACUAGAAGAAUCAUUUAAAGAAGCGGCUGCUCUUACACGUGAAAGUUUACGUGAACCAACGUUUACAGAUGAAGAGGUUACCAAAUUUGAAGAAGGGGUGAGAAAAUAUGGUAGUGAACUUUAUCCAACAUUUAAAGAAGUCAAGACUCAACCUUGUGCCAUGAUUGUUAGAUUUUAUUAUUUAUGGAAAAAGACUCCCAAUGGUAGACAGAUUUGGGGAAAUUUUGAAGGAAGAAUUCAAAAGAAGAUUCAAAACGUUACUAAGGAAGAAACCAACAAACCUGCUGUACCAACUGAAAUUGAUCAUUUGGCAUGCGCAGACGAUGAUUCUGCUUAUGAAGGGGAAAGAAUAAAACAAAAUAAAACGCACAUGGCUUGUAAGCAUUGUUAUACCACCCAAUCCAUGAUAUGGUAUAGAAUCACUGGGUUCGACGCUAACACGAAGAUACCUAAAGGAUCAUAUGACAAAAUUGAUAAGAAUUCUACUUUAGGUCUUUGUUUCCGUUGUGCAAGAAUGUGGAGAAGAUAUGCAGUGCUAUGGGAAGAUCCCUUAGAGGUUCGUAAGAAAAAUACCCGAGGAGCAGGUGGCUGGAAGAAGAAAGUUGAAUACGAACUUGUUCGUGAUUCUGAGAAGAUUCUUGAGGAAGCUGACAGGUUAGGAGGUGGGAUAUCAUUCAGUGUUGCCCCUGCUACAUCGAGUAUGAUUCCUAUGAUACUUCCUGGAGGUUCUACGGCUACUGGAUCGAAAUCUAAGAAACCAGCUGCAUCCUCUACAAAAAAGUCACUGACUGCCCCUACUUCACGGAAGGUGACUACACCGGUGCAAACUUUGAAAUCGGAAGAACCACCAAAGAAGAAAAGAAAUACCGGUUCCGCAAGCGCCAAUUCUACGACAGCUUCCGCGUCUGAGGCCCCUAAUGAUCCAAAAGUAACAGCUGAUGUCAAGGUUUCGAGUGGAAGUGGAAAAACUAAGCUGACAUCGAACGGUUCAGCUACAACUAAAUCCAAGGGAAAUACAGCAACAAAUACAAAAACUUCAAAACAAAAGGCUCCAAGUCAGGUAAAGGAAAAGACAACAACAACUGCUGAUAAGGAUACCAAAGAUAAAAAACUGACUAAGAGCGCCGUAGCUAAAAGUGCGUCAGCCAAAACAGUAAAAGAGAAAUCACCCAUUAAAAUAGAAGGAAAUGGUGACAUCCCAAAAGAUUCCAAACCCAAGCGGAAACGUGAAGAGACGACAAAAUCAGCUGCUGCUACUUCGAAGAAGAAAAAGGUUGUCGAGACAAAGCCACUGGUGACGGCGGUAGAAAAGGUGGGGAAUGAAAGCAAUUCAAAUGGUAAGAAAUCCAGGAAAACUCAGACACAAGUACCAAAAUCUGUUAGUAAAGGAUCAGAUAGUUUAAGCCCGAACUUCAACAAGAAUUACGUUCUGCCUAUUAAGGCAAUUUCCCGAAAUGAAAAGAAAGGUAACAAUCAAAUAAUGACGAAGGAUUCUCUUCAAUCCACCAUUGAACUUUUCCGUCCUCGACAAUUACUUGACGUUGCUGCACAACUUCCGGUAUAUCAAAUUCCUAGUGGAGCGAUCAUUGCUGUUCCUUUUCCUGUGACAGAAAGGAACUGUUCAUUGUGUCAAGAAAUUGACGAAGAUAUUGCUUCUCUUGACGAGAUGUUGAUCUGCUCUAAUUGUGGCGUGAAUGUACAUGCUUCUUGCUCUGGGAUAAAUAUCGGAUCCUCAGUUGAACGUCCUGCUAAGGAAUGGUUAUGUGAACCCUGUAUCAAUGAUUUAAACCCUCAAUACUCCACCUUGUAUUCUUGCAGUUUGUGUUUGGCUAAUGAACCAAAUUAUGAGCUCACUAUGUUAGGAUCAAAUAAGGUGAAGCCGGAUUAUUUGAAACCAAUUGCCGACUCUGGUAAAUGGUGUCAUUUAUUGUGUGCUAUGUUCAGUCACCAAUCAACCAGUUUUCGCUCGCUUUUAAAUACCAAAAGAACUAUGAGAGGCAAUCAAAUGUCACUAGAAGAUGGCAUUCAUAGUACUUGCUCGGUGGAUUGCGUUUCACAGAUCUACUUGAACAACUACGACCAAAAGUGUAAAAUUUGCCAAUCUGCAAAUGGGGCAUUGAUUGAAUGUGAACUUUGUGAAAAAUCUUCAUACGAGGUCAACAAAUUCCAUGCGACUUGUGCACAAGAUUCAGAUAAUUUCGUGUUGGGAUUUAAGCUUGAAUCAGGGGUCAUAUCUGAUAGAGAUAACAGGCUUGUGAGGGUAAAAGGACUUGUGGGUAAGUUAAUUCCAGUUCUCGUAUGUUCUAGUCAUACUGAACGACCAGAAAAUAUUUUUGGAUUUAGAGAGAAGGGUAAGAGGGUACAUGGCCCAACCAAAGAUUCUUUAAAGCCCAUCACUCAAUUGUUUUUGGAAGAUAUCCUUAAGAAAAGUGACAUGACAAAACUUUCUGGCCCACAAGCAAAGGCGAAUAACUACUUAGAAUUAGCCACUUCUUUUGAAGAAAGGGAAAAAAGUCGGGAAGUAAAAUUGUACCACUUAUCCAAUGUUUUAGAACCUGUGGACAAACCUUUUUCAAACUAUGUCAAAAGAUGUAACAGUUGCCAGACCAAGGUUUCACCAAUGUGGUGGCCAGUUCCUAAGGUGGAGAAAGAUAUGUUAAAGGCUUCGGAAAAUGUCAAGAUCGAUCUACAAGAUGAUGUAUUGUGCCAGUCUUGUUAUCACGACCAUGUGAGUGAAGAAGAACGGGAAGAAGAAAAGUCAUCCAGAGUUGAAGAAGAGGUUGGCGAAGCGAAAAAGAUGGAUGCUGAAAACGAAACUUUAGACGAAGACAAGACUGCUAGUAAACAAAGUCAGAGCUUAACCAAUAUUCUCAAUAAGUCGCUUUCUGGCGAAUUUUUCGGAUUGAAAGACAAUUAUGAUCGGUUAAUAAAUUCUUCCAGAUCAAAAAUUACAUUAGGUGAUAUUUUAGGAUAGAAAAAUAUUUACUUUUGAAUACAGAGAGGAGAUGUUAUACAUUUGUAGUUGCACACUAGAAAGUGAACCGGAUUAAGAAGAUCUCAAAACCACCAAGGAAGGAAUUAAAGAUUCGUGGGUCCAUCGGUUAGCAGUCUGUUAAUUCAUCAACAAAAAAAUAAAAUACAAAAUACAAAAUAGAAAACAACCAUAUUUGUAGUGAAUGAAUUGUUUUCC